UAUAAAAUCGAAGACAAUGUUAGGGAAAACCAUUCCCUGCAUCAGUUUAUUUUUGCAAAUAUCGCUGACAUUCGGUGAUUAUCCAUUUAGAAAUGUUUCACUUCCUUGGUCUGAGAGAGUAGAUGAUUUGGUUGGGAGGUUGACUUUAGAUCAGAUUGUCCAACAGCUUGCGCGAGGUGGUGCAGGAGAAAACGGGGGACCCGCCCCCGCCAUCGAGAGCUUAGGUAUCGGACCCUAUCAGUGGAAUACAGAGUGUCUGAGAGGAGACGUAGAAGCAGGGAAUGCCACCUCUUUUCCCCAGGCUAUUGGGCUUGCUGCUGCUUUUAGUAAGGAUCUCAUCUAUAAUGUAUCAAAAGCAGCAGCCACUGAAGUGAGAGCAAAACACAAUGAUUUUGUGAAUCGAGGGAUUUUCACUGACCACACGGGACUCAGCUGCUUCAGUCCGGUGGUCAACAUUAUGAGACACCCGCUGUGGGGCAGAAAUCAGGAAACAUAUGGGGAGGAUCCAUACCUUUCUGGGAUGUAUGCCCACUCUUUUGUCCAGGGACUUCAGGGAAGUAAUGAUAGAUACAUACAGGCCAAUGCGGGCUGUAAACAUUUUGAUGCCCACGGUGGCCCAGAAGAUAUCCCAGUGUCCAGAAUGGGUUUUGACGCAAAGGUUUCUAUACGAGAUCUGAGACUCACCUUCCUACCAGCAUUUAAAAAAUGUGUAGAAGCUGGAGCUUAUAGCCUUAUGUGCAGUUAUAACAGAAUAAAUGGAGUACCAGCAUGCAGUAAUGAUCUUCUCCUGCUAGAUGUUUUAAGAGGGGAGUGGAACUUUACUGGAUAUGUGGUCAGUGAUGAGGGAGCCAUAGAAAACCAAAUCACCUUCCAUAAAUACUACAAUAACACAAUAGAUGCUGCUGCUGGGUCAGUGAAUGCUGGGUGUAAUCUUGAGCUGUCAGCAAAUCUAAAGGACCCUGUCUUCAUGAGCAUUGGUGAUGCAGUUAAGAGUGGAAAGUUGGAGGAGUCAGUAGUUCGAGAUCGAGUAAAACCUUUAUUUUAUACCAGAAUGAGGCUGGGAGAGUUUGAUCCCCCUGAGAUGAACCCUUAUUCAUCUGUCAAUCUAUCUGUUAUCCAAAGUGAAGAACACAGGAACCUGUCUCUCACAGCAGCAGCCAAGUCCAUGGUUUUGUUGAAAAGGCCAUCAAAGUUUGGUAGGGAGCAUCUGAUUGGUGGAUUUCUUGCAGAAAGAAUGGCAGUUAUUGGACCAAUGGCAAACAACAGUGACCAAAUGUUUGGUGACUAUUCACCUACAACAGAUCCCAAGUUUGUGAAAACUCCUCUGAAAGGCCUCUCAGAACUGAACUUUUCUUUGAACUACGCAGCUGGCUGUUUAGAUGGUACUCCGUGUCAGAACUACUCACAAGAGGACAUUAAGACAGCACUUGUAGGGGCGGAUCUAGUGGUGGUGUGUUUGGGAACAGGCAAAGGACUAGAAAGUGAGAAUGUUGAUAGAAAAGACAUGGCCUUACCAGGGAAACAACUCCAACUUCUUCAGGAUGUAGUUGCAAUGACUGACAAAGCGGUGUACCUAUUGGUGUUCUCGGCGGGGCCUGUGAACAUCACCUGGGCUGAGGAGAGUGAAAGAGUGCUGAUUAUCAUACAGUGUUUCUUCCCUGCCCAAGCCACAGGAGAGGUCGUUAAGCAAGCCCUCAUUAUGAAAGAUGGGAGGUUUAAUCCAGCAGGGAGAUUGCCCUAUACCUGGUACAAAUAUGCUGAACAGAUUCCCUCCAUGACCGACUAUUCCAUGAACAAGAGGACCUACCGCUAUUUUACGGGUGUACAACUCUAUCCUUUUGGUUAUGGCCUCUCCUAUUCGACCUUUGUCUUCAGUAAGCUGUAUUUUGUGUCUAAGGUCAAAGCAGGGGAUCCUAAUGUUGUACAGGUCCGAGUAUUCAACAAGGGUCCAUUUGAUGGGGAUGAGGUAUUUCAAGUAUACAUAAAAUGGUUAUCUACAAAAGAAAAGAUGCCUCGCCUUCAGUUAGUGGCAUUUGAGAGAGUAUUCAUUAAGAACCUGCAGUAUGUAGAUAUCACCGUCCCUAUAGAAGCCCAGAGUAUGGCAGUGUGGAGAGACGGUGUAGGAUUUGUCAUUGAACCAGGGUUGAUACAGUUAUAUGCUGGUGGCCAACAACCAGAUCAGAAAGUGACCGUUCCGUCCAACAUCUUACAAGGAGAGUUUGAAAUAAUCGGGGAAAAAAUUCUGUCUCCACAAUAAUAGUUAAAUCAUAUCUAUUGUAAUUUUACAAGCUAAUGCUUCUACAGCUUGUUAUACUUAAAAUGAAAUUGAAAUCCUGUAUGAAACUAUGAUUCUAUUUGUAAUACUAUGAAACAUAUUUACAAAAAUGAAGAACCAGUUUAAGUAGUGUUGGAUGAGGAUUGAAAUGCCAGUUUUUGUCUUCCAUAGAAAGACCUACUGGAUAUUUUUUUAAUGAAUACUUAUAAUUUGUUUUCUCAAUGAAAUGUUCUUAAUGCUUAGUAUAAUUUUUUUUUUACCCAAUGGGUUGAGUGAAAGAGUUAGUCUUGCCAUGAGUGAUAUAAAGCCUUUUUAUUCUUACUCUUAAUGAAAGCUUUUGUUUUUGAUUUCUUAUGAUGAAGCUGUGAUAAAUUAAACACAUUCCAUUGAAGUUUUAAGUGCCAUUUCAUGAAUUUUAGUGCAAUAUCUAAACAGUACAUGGUUGUUUUGUAAUAUGUAUCACCUAGUAUAAUGUCUCAUGCUUUUAUGUAGUAUCUACAUGUAUACAAAUGUUUUAUAUACAUGUACUAUGAAAAUACAAUCAGGAAGUUAUACAUACAGUUAAUUUUGGUAUCUCAAACUCUGAUAUCUCAAAUACAAAAAAUAUGUUGAAGUGAUUUAAAAGUCCCAACCACUAUUUUCUUAUAGUAUUUUCACAUCAAUAUCUUAAACCUUGAGAUAUCUCAUUUUUUUCCAAAUCCCAUUGACUUUGAGAUAUUGAGAUACAUGUAUGACGUACUGUAUACAAUACUUAAUAUAUGAAAUAGAUUUAAUGUAUAUGCACCAUGUAUGAUUGUGUAAUUUUGAUGUAUAUUAGAUACAUGUAUGUAUACAUGUAUUUCAGCCAGUUGUGAAAAAGUACAGGUAUUAGUACUUCAAGUCUUUGUAACGUACAUGUGUAACAUUGUGAAUUCAAACAAAAAAUGUUUUGUACCAUUUUUUUUACCUUCAAUUUUUGCAGCACUUCAGUGUUGCAAUAUUACCAAUCUCAUAAGUGUGGUUAUACAUCAAGAUGUACAUAUAUUUAAAGUAAGAUUUUCAGUGCUGUACAUUUUUUUUAUUGCUCAGUCAUAAAUUAUCAAGUGUAGGUUAUGUUUACUGUAAACAUACCUUUUUUCAUUGGGGUUAUAAUUCCAGACAAUCACAUUUUCUGUUCAAUCAACAGGUGGAAAAUUAUGCAGAUUUUUGGAUUGACAUUCUAUGUUUUAAAUGCACUUUUAAGUACACUGUGACAAAUUUCCAUAAGAAAAAUGUGACCAUAUACAUAGUGUAAAUUCCAUGUUGGAAAAUAUACAUCUACAGCAUUUCAAAUUUGUUUUACUUACAUUUUUGUUAUUUUUUAAAUAACAUUGAGUAUGUAUUUAAACAAUCAUGUACACAUUGAUGUAUAAUUAUACACACAACUUGUUUUUUAGUACCGGUAAUUAUGAGUAUAUUAAAGUGACUUUAUGAAUCCAAAA